AUGGCUGUUCUGCAGAAGAAGAAGAAGAAUUCAUGGGUUUUACUUCUGAUCAUGGUGCUCAGCAUACUGCUUGAUGGAGAUCAAGCUGUGGAGAAAGGUGAAGAAGCAGCAGCAGGAGGAGGAAGCAGAAAACCACAGCGGAUUCUGUUGGAUACAGAUGUUGACACAGACGAUUUCUUUGCUCUUUUGUACCUCUUGAAGCUCAACACUUCAGAUUUUGCAGUUGAGGCAGUGACCAUCAGUGCAAAUGCAUGGAGUGAUGCAGGGCAUGCAGUGAACCAUAUCUAUGACAUUCUGUACAUGAUGGAUCGCGACGAUGUCUCUGUUGGUCUUGGAGGUGAAGGGGGUGUCCUUGAUGAUGGGACCAUGGACCCUAAUGUUGGAGGAUACCUUCCCUUGAUUGAACAGGGAAUGACAACAGCAGGAAGUUGCAGAUACAGGCAGGCCAUUCCUGUUGGUGGGAGAGGGAGGCUUGACACUGAUUCUAACUAUGGCCUCAGGAGAGCUUUCCUUCCCCAGGGAAGCAGGAGAUAUCGCCCUCUUCGACAGCCAACAUCGCAGCAAGUCCUGAUAGAGAAAGCAUCUGCAGGUCCAAUUACAAUACUGAUGACAGGAUCGCAUACAAACAUAGCCAUUUUCUUGAUGAACAAUCCACAUCUGAGGCAAAACAUUGAGCAUAUCUACAUAAUGGGAGGUAGUGUGAGGUCAAGCAACCCUGGCAAUUUGUAUACUUCUUCUGCAAGCAACCCCUAUGCUGAGUUCAACAUAUUUGCAGACCCUUUUGCUGCAUACCAGGUUAUUCAUUCGGGAGUUCCAGUAACGUUGGUCCCUUUGGAUGCAACCAAUACUAUUCCGACGAGUAAGGAGUUCUUCGAGGCGUUUGAAGAGAGACAGGAGACUUAUGAGGCCCAGUACUGCUUCAAGUCCUUGAAAAUGGCCAGGGACACUUGGUUACCCGACCAAUUCUACUCAGUAAUUUCUUCUCCAAUCUCUUACAAGAUCUUUGUUACCCUGAAAGUUCAACAUGACCAAAAUAAGAAGCAAUGGUUAAUGGCAUUUGCAGCUUCAAUUUUACUUUUGCAGAGCUACUGCAUGUGGGACUCUUUUUCAUCUGGUGUUGCAGCUUCCAUCAUGCAGAGAAAUUCACAGAAUACAAACAGAAAUGGAGAUAAUGAGUUUGCAGAAAUGGAGUACAUGAACAUAACUGUGGUGACAUCAAAUCAGCCUUAUGGAAUUCAUGAUGGCUCAAACCCGUUCUUUGAUCGCAUUCGAGUUCCAAAAUUUGGUAUGGAGAAUGGUGGGAUUCAUAGUGGCCAUGUCCAGACAGGCCUUAGAGAUCCAUUCUGCAUUGUACAGAAUGGUACAGGCAAAUGUCAGGAUGGAUUUACAAGAGAGACAAAAGGUCCGAAUUCUGUACAAGUUCUUGCUGCCACAAGAGCAAAGCCUACUGCAGAACCUAACUGCCAGCUCAAGAAAGCAUUUCUCAAGAGCUUCUUAGAUGUUAUGAAUCACCCUCAACAGUCUGGCAAAUUCAAUUUCACCAACCAAUUUCCUUACCACAGGGAAGUUCUCCACAAGCCAGACUUUGGAACCAAAAUAUUAGGCAAGCCUGUUGUUUUUGACAUGGACAUGAGCCCUGGAGAUUUCCUUGCCCUUCUGUAUCUCCUUAAAGUACCUACAGAAGUCAUCAACCUAAAGGCUAUCAUAGUAAGCCCAACUGGGUGGGCAAAUGCUGCAACAAUAGAUGUUGUUUAUGACUUGCUCCACAUGAUGGGCCGCGAUGACAUACCAGUUGGCCUUGGAGAAGUGAUAGGAACAAACCAGUCUGAUCCAAACUUCCCUUCUUCAGUUGGAGGCUGCAAAUAUACCAAGGCCAUCCCUCAGGGCAGUGGUGGAUUCCUGGAUUCAGACACAUUAUACGGGCUUGCUCGAGACUUGCCUCGAUCCCCCAGAAGGUACACAGCAGAAAAAUCAGUAUCAUCUAGAGGCCCUCCAGACAUGGAUCAUCCCGAGCUCAGGCAGCCUCGAGCAGUGGAAGUGUGGGAGUCAGUGGUGAAGGAAGCUGCUGAAGGGUCCAAAAUCACAUUCCUGACAAAUGGACCUUUGACUAAUCUAGCAAAGAUUAUUCUGUCCAAGGACUCCAAAAGCUCUAUGAUACAGGAAGUUUAUGUGGUAGGAGGACAUCUCAGCAAUGGAAAUGGGGACAAGGGGAACCUUUUGAACAAGCAUCCGAACGAAUAUGCAGAGAUGAACAUGUUUCUUGAUCCAUAUGCUGCAAAAACAGUCUUGGAAUCAUCACUCAACAUAACACUGAUUCCACUUGAAGUUCAGCAUAAAUUGAGUUCCUUCUCCAAACUCAUACAAAGGCUAAACAAAUGGACGAAUAAGACCCCCGAGGCAUUGUUUACCAAUCGCUUGCUCUCGCUGCUUAAUAGCCUGCAACAGGAUCAUCACAGAUAUCAACACAUGGUAACAGUGCUUUUGCUUGGGAUCAUAGGUGUUUCCAUAAAGACUUUCAAAGAGAUUUCUAACUUAUCAAUGCAGGACACAUUUCUAGGUGAGAUUCUUGGUGCAGUAGUUUUGGCUGCUGAUCAUUCCAUACUGAAGCUUGCACUACAAGUCAAGCACAUCAAGGUCCUUGCUGGAGGCGAUGAAUCGAAGGAUGGGCAAAUCGUGAUCGAUGAGAAGCAAGGGAAACAUGUCAGAGCAUUGAAAUGUAUAGACCCGGAUGCUUAUUACGAAGCUUUCACGAAUCUACUAGGAGAGAAGAAGCAAUCUGCUGUUAUAGGAAGCUUUGAAGAGCAGAAAAGAAUUUGGAACAGGCCACCAAAAUAAUACUAGGAAUACCUUUUUGACAUAUACCCUGCAUAAAGAAAGUUUGAUUUUUGGUUUUUUUUUACUUGUCUUAUUCAAAGGAAGCAUAGAAAAUUGGAUGUUCAAACCAGAAAGAGAAGGAUACAGUUCAUAGAGAAAGGUUAUAUGGAUAUAAUGUUCUAUACACUCUUAACUAGCAACGCUUGAUGAAAA